AAAGAAUUGGAAGAUUAUAUAGACCAACAACAGGCAAAAGCCAAGAUACAAGCUCAGGUACAUGAUCUAACUCAGAGAUUAUUAAUUGUCAGUUGCAUAACAGGAGGGAUAUCUUCGAAAUUCUCACGGGGUGAAGCUUCAUGUUUGGAAAAUUGCGUGGAUAGGUUUCUCGAUAGUAGUCUUUUCCUCGUCAAACAAUUAGAAGCUCAACAGACACAUUUGUAG